UUGUUACCGUCAGAGAUGUUAUCUGGGAUAUUAUGCAAAUAUUAUGAAUUACCCUAAAAUACAGAACCCGUAAAGCGGUACCAUGUUAACUAAAUUCAUUUGUUUUUAUACAUUAACGUUACUGUGUGAAGCCAAAUUAUUAGCAAGUAGGAACUAUUCCAAACAUUCAAAUUAUUUACACGGUGCCUUUUAAUGACACGGACCAGAAGCAACGUCUGAAAGCUGUUAAGUUCUGGACGUAAACUAUACUCUUGUUACAUCUCUUCGAAUACGAAACCUCAUCACACGAGAGCCUGAAGCGGCUCACUAGGGAACGAUGAUGCGUUACUGGGGCGAGAUCCCCGGGCCGGCAGGCGCCCCACCGAGCCGCAGCUCCUUCGACCUGCUCCAGCGUGAGUUCCGCUCGGUGGAGAUGCAGGACCCCCCUCUGCACCAGCCCUCGGCCCAGCGGCCCCGGCCCACCACCAUGCUGGACAUUCCCUCUGAGCCCUGCAGUCUCACCAUCCACACAGUGCAGCUAUGCCAGCACACCCGACGCCUCCGCAGCCUCCUGGCUACAGCCCAGGGGAAAGGUCUGGUCCCCUCGGAGGGCGGUGGUGCUGGAGGAAGUAGCAGGCUGGAGGAAGGGGAGGCUCUGCCCCCACGGCCACCCACACCGCCGGCCGCCCCCGAUGACCUGUUGCCCCUGGACAGCAAGGCACCCUGGCAGCCCUUCCAGCUCUGCCACAGCGACCCUGAGAGUGACUUUUACAUGGGAAAAGGUGAGCCCGUCACGGAGCUGAGCUGGCCCUCGUGCCGACAGCUCCUGUACCAGUCAGUGGCCACAGUCCUGGCCCACGCCGGCUUCGAGUCGGCCCAGGAGAGCGUGCUGGAGACCCUGACUGACCUGGCCCACGAGCAUUACCUGCGCCUCAGCCGACUGCUGCGCACGGCCGCAGACCGCGAGGCCCGCCUGGGCGCCACGCCCUUCCCGGAUGUGAUAGAGCAGGUGUUCCACGAGGUGGGCAUCGGCAGCGUGCUGGCCCUGCAGCGCUUCUGGCAGGUGCGCAUCAAGGACUACCACAGCCACAUGCUCCAGGUCAGCAAGGAGCUGUCGGAGGAGUAUGAGCGGCUGGUGAACCCUGAGAAGGCCCUGGAGGACUCCAAGCCCCCGCGGAUCAAAGAGGAACCAAUGAAUGACAUUGCCUUCCCCAUCAGCGAGGAGCCAGAGGCGGACCAGGCCUCUGGGGAUCAGGCCCUCCCCAUUGGGGUUCUGGGGGCCCCAAACGAGAGGCUGGCUGGGGGCCUGGAGGGGGAACACUCACCACACACCUCAGGCGGCGGAGUUGCCAUCAGCUCCCCCUUGUGGCACCUGUCGCAGGUGAAGAUGGAGCCCCAGGACAGCGAGGAGGGCCAGGUGUCAGGCCACGGGGUACUGGGAGGUGAUGUGUUCGAGGAGGGAGGGCCCAUGUCCACCAUGAGCGAGGCAGAUGGCAUGGCGCCCUCGCCCGGAGGGGCGGCGUCGGACGGCAGCUACGCCUCGCACUCUCCCGACUCACUCAUGGGCACGUCACCCGUCUUCAACCAGAGGCCCAGGAAGCGCAUGAAGAAGAUAUGAGGGGCCUCAGACUCGUGGAGGUAGCCAUUUUGUGUCAAGGUAACAUGGGCACAUAGUGGCGAUACGAAACAUUGCAAGAUUGCAAACAAGUUCCUAUGCCGUUGUCCAUUUCCCCCGAACAGAUCUGAAAGUAUUGUUGAGACCUAUCCAAUAGACCCAUUUCCGCACAAGGGCCAUUCGCACUAGUUGGUGGCAGAACACGGGAGUUAUUCUAGAAUGCCAGCAAAAAAAAGCCUCUAUUUACAUGUUGCUUAUGAAUGCAUUUCACACUACUUUUGGAUUGGAUUUUAAGGCUCGUGUGAAUGUCCUGCUUGAUAUAAUAUGUGUGUCAUCAUUGCAAAUCAACUGCAAUAUACUUAAAAAACACUUCAACUUCAACCAGUAAAAUGUCUCUUUGGCAAUGAGCGUUAGCAUUCUAGUGAACAACUGCUGCAUCCAAAAUAGUUAUUUUGCAAAGAUCACAACCGAAUGUAAUCUUAGCGACUGUUCAAGCAUUGUAAAAGUUAUUUUGUUUAGAAGUAAUAAAAAAUGUAAUAUAGUCUGUUGAAUGAGCGCAGCCAAGAGUCGCGCACAUCUGUGGGUGACGUCAGUGUGUUGUGUACUGGAAAGGGGUCUAUGUCCUAGUGUUGCACGGUAUACCGGUUCCACGGUAAUAUCACAGUACCAAAACGUCAUGAUACUUAUGAUACCAACAUUUAAAAAUACCAGUACUACCACAUAUUUCGCCCCCACCGAUCUAAAGAACCCACUGGCGCCUGUUAUAAAACAAAGUCAGUUUUGUAAUCUGCCAGCCACAUCCCCUAUCAGCCCUUACUCACCUGCUUUUCUCCUUCCGCUCUUCCUGCACAUCUAUUUCAUCAGUUUUUAAAAUAUAAUUUAGCUGUGAUGGCAAGCGGGGAUGCAGACCCUGAGGGGUCUUCAGUUGUUAAAUGUUAUACAUUUAAUUUGACAAAAGUUAACAUUGUCAAAUUGUAUUGGUCACAUACAUGUGUUUAACAGAUGUUAUUGCGGGUGUAGCGAAAUACUUGUGCUUCUAUCUCCGACAGUGCAGUAAUAUCUAACAAGUAAUAUCUGACAAUUACACAACAUAUACACACAAAUCUAGUAAAGGAAUGGGAUUAAGAAUAUAAAAAUAUAAUUUCAUCCCUGGAAUAACCAAGACCACAGGCCAAUCAGAGUCAGCUUUGCAAGUUCGCUGUCAUGCAGCCUCUUAAGUGCCAGAGAGGAAAAGCAGCUUUGCUAAAGACAUGAUUGCAGCAUUUCAGCAAAGAAAACAGCUUGUCUAGCUCAAACGGUAA